CACAAGCAGGAGGAGUUGUUUUCGGCUGCUUUAUGCAGCCAUGUGUUGGCUGUUUAGCUUUGCUGACCCUGCACAGGCUUCCUUGAUAAAGUGCCUCCUCCGGCGCUCAUGAUCCACUCUCGGACACAAACUAAAUUACCUCGAAUCAUAACAACAGCUCAUUUACUACGCGCCGCAUAACUGGAGCUUUUUGUUUUGAAGAGAGAGAGAGAGAGAGAGAGAGAGAGAGAGAAAUUCUGAUUCCGUUACGAACCCGACAGAGCCAAGUGGGUGGGCAGUUGACUAAAAAACAAAGCAACAUUUUUGCUAUUUUAUAUUUCCUCAUUACAACGUGGUUAUGCUAUGAGGUUGGAUUAAAAAGCUAUACAUUGUGCAAGGUGGAAUAAGCGCAUUAAAAGGAAUAAAGCACCAGUGGCAAGCUGUAAGUACUGUGUUAGAUCAUGAGGUUAGUUUGAAAGCGACUAAAAAAAAAAAUCAGAAGCAACUUUGGUAAUAUCAGAAAAACCUACUGUAUAGAUCGUCGUUCCAGUCACGUGACGAUUGCUUUGCUUUUUAGUUGUAACUCUAGGUAUUGUAGUUAUAAGUACAAUAGCCUUUGCAUAACAACAACAACAGAAGAAAGAAAGUCUUUUUUUUCCACCUCAACCGCUGCCUGAGGCUCGGCGCAGGCGCUUUGGCUGCUUGCUGUCACUAGAAAACAUUUUUUCCUUCUCCUUCACAUUGGAAACUGUCACAAGUGACGUCAAUCACCGAGCUCUGACCAAUUAGAGCGCGGAAUGAUUGUUUAGCUCCGCGGGCUGCAGCGCCUGCCAUGAAUCUCCAUUCAGUCUAUCAAAGCGUCCCGCUGCUGCCUCUCAACCGAAUGGGAUCCCAUGUAGGCAGAUAGAUAAGAACUAAACUUUAGCAAGUUUUAUAUAUAUAAUUUUUUCUCUCGUUCUGUAUUUUUUCCCACCGCGAUUAAAAUAUAUUUGUCAUCAUCAUCAUUAUUAUUAUUAUUUUGCCUGCUGUCAAGUUAUUCUAAAAAAGAAAAUUAGGAGUAAUGAGCGUGGAUGCGUUGGGAAGCCCCGUGAUGGACCCUGCGUUUUCCAAACGGAGCACGGCACUGAGAUUAGUUGACUUGGCAGGGGCUCACCACCAUCACCAUCAUCAUCACCACCAUACCCCUCAGAGCGUGACAGGCUUCCCGGGGUUUGGCGGGCACGCGCACUCAAUGGCUCACGCGCACCCUGGGGAGAUCACGGCGGAACCCCGCCUGGGGCCGAGUCCAUUCGGGCCAGAACCCAUGGGGCACUCGGCGGCCCUCAAAAUCAGCCCAGCCCAUCAUUAUCCCCACCACCACCACCACCACCAUCACAAUCAUCAUAUCGCAGGCCACGGUGAAGUGGUCUCCAGUCCAACGGGAGCUUUCGGCCCGGUGCAGGCUGCGGCGACGGUCCCGUACUCCAUGUCUCACGCGGCCCAGGCGCUAUCCGCAGGUAGGGAUUUCCUUAUUCGCCGAGAUCUGACAGCUCAAGGAGCCAUGCCCGCACUGACCGAGCAGACCUCUGGUUCCGCCUCUCACCACGGAGUGUUUGUCUCGACCACAGGUAGCUACCCGGGACACUAUGGCCACCUUCAUCCUGACGCCGGAGCGCAUGCUCUCUUCCCUGGACUCCAUCAUGAACAGCCGUCCAACGGAGCACCGGGUGGCCAAGCCUCGAACGGACAAAUAAGGCUAGGCUUACCGGGCGACAUGUACGUCAGGACCGAUCACUUAAGUCAAGUGGCGAGCAGCAGAUCGGAUCCCUUUACAACAUCUUCGCCUCUCCAUGGUCUGAAUCUGAACAUGAACCUCAGCACUCACCACCACCACCACCAUGGACACGGUGCCUUCUUCCGUUACAUGAGGCAACCGAUCAAGCAGGAGCUCAUCUGCAAGUGGCUGGAGCCAGAUAACUCGGCCAAGAAACUCUGCUCCAAAACUUACAGCACAAUGCACGAACUGGUGACGCAUGUGACCGUGGAGCACGUCGGUGGACCUGAGCAGGCAAAUCACGUCUGCUUUUGGGAAGAGUGUCCGCGAGAAGGGAAACCAUUUAAAGCCAAAUAUAAGCUCGUGAACCAUAUCAGAGUGCACACGGGAGAAAAGCCGUUUCCAUGUCCGUUUCCUGGCUGUGGCAAAGUGUUUGCCAGAUCAGAAAACCUGAAAAUUCACAAGAGGACGCACACAGGCGAAAAGCCAUUCAAGUGCGAGUUUGAUGGCUGCGAUCGUCGAUUCGCCAACAGCAGCGACCGGAAGAAGCACUCUCACGUGCACACCAGCGACAAGCCGUACAACUGCAAAGUGCGAGGCUGCGACAAGUCCUACACACACCCGAGCUCUUUACGCAAACACAUGAAGGUGCACUGCAAAUCGCCGCCUCCACCGAGUUCGGGCUACGAGUCCUCCACCCCGUCUCUCGUGUCUCCAUCGUCCGAUCUGGGCCGAGACACUCUGUCUGGGUCGCAAGCAGCCAAUUUGAGCGAAUGGUACGUGUGUCACAGCUCAGGCCCCGGCGGCACACACAGUCCUCUGAGCGGAUCUUCUACCCCAGAUCCUUCAGAGGGUCCACCUUAUCAGAACUCCUGAAAAGAAUUUGAACCGUGUGCUCGUGGCGACUUUUGUAAUAAUGCCUUGGCCCAUGUGAGAGUCAGAAAAAGCAGUAGCCUAUUCAGUGGCCUCAGUUCUUUGGCUCGCUGACAGAUCCAUGUCACAGCCAAACCACAAAAAUGAGGUGACCAACUUGUCUCCCACGUGGACAGAAUAUGAACUAUUAUCACCACCAGUGUCCAGUUUAUUGUAACGGUGUACUGACCACAGCAAAAAGCACCAUUGUUGUGUUCACACCUAGAGUGUUUAUAUUUGAAUGCUGUAGAAGUUGAUUAAACACUGUAAGAUUUAAUUUUACACUAAAGGUGUUAAUACCAUGGGUGUUCCUUGAAUACCAGAGAUUGUCUGUGUAUGCAUAAAGAUGUAUUAUUUUAUCAAAUGGUGAUUUUUCUUUUUGUCUUCGAUAAGCUCUUAAUUUAUUUUUCUGAAUCAAUACUGAAUUUCAUCUUCUUUUUAUUGUAUUAUCGAACCAAAGUGCUUCAAUAUAAAAAUGUACAUAUGUAAAUUACAAUGUUUUAAUGUCUGUCAACAUUAAUUUUGUAAGGUUCAGUAUUUCAGCUAUUUUUAAAUGUUUGCUACUACUGUUUGU